GCCGAUCCUGUUCAGUUCCUACUUUAUUUCGAGAGCGAUGACCUGCUCCGUCUAACGAUUAGAAUACGCGUCAGUGUGUGUGUGUCCUGUGGACAAUAUGAGGGCUGUUUUGUAUCUCCCUUACUUCUUAAGUUUCAUUUUGGGAUGGAUGGUGCCCACUUAUGUGAACGCCCUUCCAGGGGAUGUCACCUGUCUCGAGGACACAAUGGUUUUAGAGCUGCCUCCAGGAGCAAAGAGGACUUAUAGACUCUUUGUCGUGGGUUCCAACAACAGAAUGGUUCUGGUUGAUAAGUGGUACGAAACCACCUGUCUGUACUCGGUUGAUGUUGGCAGCAUCUUUUCUUUUAGUGCUGCUUAUGAUGCUUGUGAUGUUCAAGCUCUAGAUAAUGGGUACUCCUUAAAAGUGGUGCUGCAGUACUUCUCAACAACGAUGGGCAAGUCCAUCCAGACCACUUACAAUAUGUUCUGCGUGCCCCCGAUUGUCGUCCCACUGCUCAUCAGUGUAGAGGCUGGAAACACCGUCUGCAACCAAACCUUUAUGGAGGUUUCAAUUUUGGAACAGCUUCCCAGCUUUGAUGAGUCCAACGCCAGCGCCCCUGUGUGGAAUGUCAGCAUCAAUGAUGGUAGUUCGGUGAUCAAAAUGUCUCUGAGUGAAGCACAAUUGAAUGGCUACGAGUUUUUGAGUGGUGCAAAUACCCUCGUAAUCAGAACCUACUUCAAUGCGACCGGACUUCAAGUGUUCCAAGAUCUCUCUACAAACGUUACCCUCUACUUUUCGGAUGUGCUGUUUAGCUGUUACACUGGCUUUGCCCAGAUCAACGUCCGUGUUAAGAUGCUCUGUGCUCCUGACUUGGUUAGCUGUAAUGACAAUAGCCUACUGAUGGUGGUGCCCCCAUUUCCUGGGACAUUUACUGGCCUAACAAUUGGAGCACUUCAGUAUUUGCCCUCCAGCUCCUCUCCUGACGUCUCGAUUACGAAUGAAACGGCAGGCCUGGUCAUCUCUAUUUCCAAGAGGUACCCAAUGGCCUGGACACAGGCAUGUCAGAAAUAUCAGGAAAGUGGAGAACGUACUGUGUUACCGGCAACAGUUCUUUCUUUCAAUGUCUCUCAGAUGCCAGUUUCCUUUAACGUCUGGUCCUCUUGUCCAUGUGUGCUAAACUCAACAGAAUUGUGUCAUGGUGGCUUCAUGGAUUUUGUGGUUAGAAGCAACAGUACUGUGCCAUCUCUCGACCUAACAAAGGUUCGUCUGCGGGAUCCUACGUGCCUUCCUGUCAAGUCUCUUCCUGAUGCACUCUGGUACCACAUCCCGUUAUUGAGCUGUGGCACUACUGUGAAGGUGCAGAAUGGUGCAUUGAUGUAUGAAAAUGAAGUCCGUGCCGUCCUGAGUGACUGGCCACUGGGUAUCAUUACAAGAGAUAGUGAACUCCGGGUGACGGUGCGCUGUUACUACAAUGCCAGCAGUGACGAAGGCUUGGUGCUGAAUAUCUCGAACAAUGCACCACCACCUCCCGCUAUAAACCAAGGAGAUCUCACCAUUGUCCUUCAAGCCUAUCCUGAUGAACUUUACAGUGCCCCCUACAGUAACCAGGACUACCCCAUUGUGAAAUACCUGAGGGCUCCCAUUUACUUGGAGGUGCAAGUCCUGAACAGACAGGACCCCAAUAUUGAGCUUGUGCUGGAGAACUGCUGGGCCACUGCCCACCCUGAUCCUAACUCCUUGCCUCGCUGGAGCCUAAUUACUGCUGGAUGUCCAUAUGGAGGAGAUAACUACCCAACAGUGAUGCAUCCUAUGUCCGAUUUCACUGGAAUUCCGUUUCCAAGCCACUACAAGAGGUUUGAUGUAAAGGCCUUUACCUUUGUGUCUAAUGGAGCUGCCUUGGAUAAUGCAAUGUACUUCCACUGUAGUGCUUUGAUUUGUGAUCUUUCUAAACUGGAUUCAGUAGAGUGUGCAGCCCACUGCCAAGUUCCUACACGUGUUCGCCACAGAAGAGAGCCCCACAGUGCUGUUCUUGGUGAAACAAUGAGCAGUUUGCCAGGCCCCAUUACCAGCAUUCAAGACCAACUUCUGUUGCAAAGCCUGGAGCUUCCCCAUUCUUUGAAGCUGGAGAAGAGGAGAGAUUGAAUUGUGCAAAUGUCCAUACAGUUUGUUGUGACAGAUACGGUUUAUCUUGCUUCCAGAUCCCUUAUUCCUCCCUCCCUAACACCAUUAAAAUGGCAAUAAUACACAAUAAAGAUCAGAUUGUAUUUUAA